AAAAUGUUUUAAGCUGCAUCAACUGGCUUAAAUAAAAUGUAUGAGGUCAUCAUAGGACUGUGUGUGAGGUCAUCAUAGGACUGUGUAUGAGGUCAUCAUAAGACUGUGUAUGAGGUCAUCAUAGGACUGUGUAUGAGGUCAUCAUAGGACUGUGUAUGAGGUCAUCAUAGGACUGUGUGUGAGGUCAUCAUAGGACUGUGUAUGAGGUCAUCAUAAGACUGUGUAUGAGGUCAUCAUAGGACUGUGUGUGAGGUCAUCAUAGGACUGUGUAUGAGGUCAUCAUAAGACUGUGUAUGAGGUCAUCAUAGGACUGUGUGUGAGGUCAUCAUAGGACUGUGUAUGAGGUCAUCAUAAGACUGUGUGUGAGGUCAUCAUAGGACUGUGUGUGAGGUCAUCAUAGGACUGUGUGUGAGAUCAUCAUAGGACUGUGUAUGAGGUCAUCAUAGGACUGUGUGUGAGAUCAUCAUAGGACUGUGUAUGAGGUCAUCAUAGGACUGUGUGUGAGGUCAUCAUAGGACUGUGUAUGAGGUCAUCAUAGGACUGUGUAUGAGGUCAUCAUAGGACUGUGUGUGAGGUCAUCAUAGGACUGUGUAUGAGGUCAUCAUAAGACUGUGUAUGAGGUCAUCAUAGGACUGUGUGUGAGGUCAUCAUAGGACUGUGUAUGAGGUCAUCAUAAGACUGUGUAUGAGGUCAUCAUAGGACUGUGUGUGAGGUCAUCAUAGGACUGUGUAUGAGGUCAUCAUAGGACUGUGUGUGAGGUCAUCAUAGGACUGUGUGUGAGAUCAUCAUAGGACUGUGUAUGAGGUCAUCAUAGGACUGUGUGUGAGAUCAUCAUAGGACUGUGUAUGAGGUCAUCAUAGGACUGUGUGUGAGGUCACCAUAUGACUGUGUGUGUGUGUGUGUGUGUGUGUGUGUGUGUGUGAACAUCAUAAGUCUGUGUAUGAGGUCAUCUUGUGUAAGGCUGGCACCUAGGUUUUGAGGUUUUCUCAAAUAGAGUUGGCUCCUAAAAAAUCAUGCCGGUUCCUGAACUGGGCAGACUAUUUCCUGGAUUCCAUAUUAAUGUGUCCACCCCUGGUGUAAGAUCUUCAUAGGACUAUGUAAUAGGCCAUCAUAGGACUGUGUGUGGGGUCAUCAUUGAACUAUCUAAGAGUUCGUCAUAGGGCUAUAUGUGAGGUCAUCUUAAGACUAUGUAUGAGGUCAUCACAGGACUGUGUGUGUGGGGUCAUCAUAGAACUAUCCAAGAGUUUGUCAUAGGGCUGUGUGCAAGGUCAUCUUAGGACUAUGUAUGAAGUCAUCGCAGGACUGUGCAUGAGGUCAUCAUGGGGCUAUGUAUGAGGUCAUCAUAGGAUGUGAAUGAAGUUAUCAUAUGACUAUGUAUGAAGUUUUCGCAGGACUGUGCGUGAGGUCAUCAUAUGACUAUGUAUAGGGGUCUUUGUAGGACUAUGCACAUUGUCAUCAUAGGAUUGUGUAUAAGUGUUGUCAUAGAACUAUGUAUGAGGUCAUCACAGGACUGUGUAUGAAGUCAUCAUAGAACUAUGUAUGAGGUUGUCUCAGGACUGUGUGUGAGGUCAUCAUUGGACUAUGUAUGAAGUCUUUGUAGGACUAUGAGGUCAUUAUAGGACUAUGUUAUGAGGUCAUCACAGGACUGUGCAUGGAGUCAUACUGGGACUAUGUAUGAGGUCAUCAUAGGAUGUGUAUGAAGUUAUCAUAGGACAAUGUAUGAGGUCAUCACAGGACUGUGCAUGAGGUCACCAUGGGACUAUAUAUGAGGUCAUUAUAGGAUUGUAUAGGAAGUUGUCAUAGAACUAUGUAUGAGGUCAUCACAGGACUGUGUGUGAGGUCAUCAUAGGACUAUGUAUGAAGAACACUUCCAUCAUUAGUUACAUAACCUAGAAUUUUAGUACACAUGCCUAACAGUAGUUUGUACAGAUCAGGCCAUAUACACAAGUGACCAAGUUUGUGAUGCCCACUGUGAUAGCCUUAUAUUUUGGGGGUCUGAUCAGUUUAAAAACAAACCUCUUGUUAUACUUAAGAAGACCUUAUUUAGAUCCCAGGGCUAAUAAAAAAAAAUCAGUCUCUAUGAAGGUGGGAUAUAAUCUGUUUACAGUAUUAAUAGCAAAGGAAUCUUGAUGGCUUGUAGGGGACCCAGGGAAGCUUCAAGUAUCAAGGAAUUAAAGUUAGAUAAGAAAUAACCAAAUUGUUGGCCAAUGGUCUGGUAGGCCAGUUGGGAGGAUUGAACCCUGAUGACCUGGAAGUUUGGGAGAUUGGUCCUCUGAUGAUGAGGAAAAUUGGAAGAUAAAGAUUCAAGUGACCAGUAAGAUUGGGAGAUUAGGACUCAAUUGACCAGAAAGAUUGGGACUUUGAUGGCCUGGAAGAUUUGGAGAUUAGGACUCUGGUGGCCUGCAAGAUGGGAGAAUAGGAUGUUGGUGACCGGGAAGAUUGGGCAUUGUGUGACCAAGGAAGAUUGGGCGUUGUGUGACCAGGAAGAUUGGGCGUUGUGUGACCAGGAAGAUUGGGCGUUGUGUGACCAGGAAAAUUGGGCGUUGUGUGAUCAGGAAGAUUGGGCUUAUGUGACCAGGAAGAUUGGGCGUUAUGUGACCAGGAAGAUUGGGCGUUAUGUUACCAGGAAGAUUGGGCGUUGUGUGACCAAGGAAGAUUGGGCGUUGUGUGACCAGGAAGAUUGGGCGUUGUGUGACCAGGAAGAUUGGGCGUUGUGUGACCAGGAAAAUUGGGCGUUGUGUGAUCAGGAAGAUUGGGCUUAUGUGACCAGGAAGAUUGGGCGUUAUGUGACCAGGAAGAUUGGGCGUUAUGUUACCAGGAAGAUUGGGCGUUGUGUGACCAGGAAGAUUAGGCGUUGUGUGACCAGGAAGAUUGGGCGUUGUGUGACCAGGAAGAUUGGGCGUUAUGUGACCAGAAAGAUUGGGCGUUAUGUGAUUAGGAAGAUUGGGCGUUGUGUGACCAGGAAGAUUGGGCGUUAUGUGACCAGGAAGAUUGGGCGUUGUGUGACCAGGAAGAUUGGGCGUUGUGUGACCAGGAAGAUUGGGCGUUGUGUGACCAGGAAGAUUGGGCGUUAUGUGACCAGGAAGAUUGGGCGUUGUGUGACCAGGAAGCUCAGUACACUUGUGGUGUGUUUGGAGAGUCUGGAGAUCCUAGCGCAUGGCAGCAAUUCUGAGUGUUGGGUUUGGUUACAGUCUGUGUUAGAAGGCGGUGCACUGAUGGAGGAACCAAUGAUGGCUCCUGUAAGGUUCAGUGUAUGACAGGGAUAAGCAAUUAGUGGACCUCCAGCUGUUGUAAAACUACAACUCCCAUCAUGCCUCUGCCUCUGGGUGUCAG